AUGAACCGGCCGUGCAACUCGAUGGAGCCGAGGGUGAUGGACGAUGACAUGCUCAAGCUGGCCGUCGGGGACCAGGGCCCCCAGGAGGAGGCCGGGCAGCUGGCCAAGCAGGAGGGCAUCCUCUUCAAGGAUGUCCUGUCCCUGCAGCUGGACUUUCGGAACAUCCUCCGCAUAGACAACCUCUGGCAGUUUGAGAACUUGAGGAAGCUGCAGCUGGACAAUAACAUCAUUGAGAAGAUCGAGGGCCUGGAGAACCUCGCACACCUGGUCUGGCUGGAUCUGUCUUUCAACAACAUUGAGACCAUCGAGGGGCUGGACACACUGGUGAACCUGGAGGACCUGAGCUUGUUCAACAACCGGAUCUCCAAGAUCGACUCCCUGGACGCCCUCGUCAAGCUGCAGGUGUUGUCGCUGGGCAACAACCGGAUUGACAACAUGAUGAACAUCAUCUACCUCCGGCGGUUCAAGUGCCUGCGGACGCUCAGCCUCUCUAGGAACCCUAUCUCUGAGGCAGAGGAUUACAAGAUGUUCAUCUGUGCCUACCUUCCCGACCUCGUGUACCUGGACUACCGGCGCAUUGAUGACCACACAGCAAGUGUCUCCCGCUCAGUCUCCCAGCCCUGUGAGACAGAGUCCUCAAGCCCCCAGAAAGAGCUUGCGGAGGCUAAGCACCAGUACAGCAUCGACGAGCUGAAGCACCGGGAGAACCUGAUGCAGGCCCAGCUGGAGGACGAGCAGGCGCGGCGGGAGGAGCUAGAGAAGCACAAGACUGCGUUUGUGGAACACCUGAACGGCUCCUUCCUGUUUGACAGCAUGUACGCUGAGGACUCAGAGGGCAACAAGCUGUCCUACCUGCCUGGUGUCGGUGAGCUCCUUGAGACCUACAAGGACAAGUUUGUCAUCAUCUGCGUGAAUAUUUUUGAGUAUGGCCUGAAACAGCAGGAGAAGCGGAAAACAGAGCUGGACACCUUCAGUGAAUGUGUCCAUGAGGCCAUCCAGGAAAACCAGGAGCAGGGCAAACGCAAGAUUGCCAAGUUCGAGGAGAAGCACUUGUCGAGUUUAAGUGCCAUUCGAGAGGAGUCGGAACUGCCCAACAUUGAGAAGAUGAUCCUAGAAUGCAGUGCUGACAUCAGUGAGUUGUUCGAUGCGCUCAUGACGCUGGAGAUGCAGCUGGUGGAGCAGCUGGAGGAGACUAUAAACAUGUUUGAAAGGAACAUUGUUGACAUGGUAGGAGUGUUUAUCGAAAAUGUCCAAAGCCUGAUGGCCCAGUGCCGGGACCUGGAGAGUCACCACCACGAGAAGCUCCUGGAGAUCUCUAUCAGCACCCUGGAGAAGAUUGUCGAGGGCGACCUGGACGAGGACCUGCCUAACGACCUGCGCGCACUUUUUGUCGAUAAAGAUACGAUUGUUAAUGCUGUCGGGGCAUCGCACGACAUCCACCUCCUGAAGAUUGACAAUCGAGAAGAUGAGCUGGUGACCAGAAUCAACUCUUGGUGUACACGUUUAGUAGACAAGAUUCACAAGGAUGAGAUCAUGAGGAACCGCAAGCGUGUGAAGGAGAUCAAUCAGUACAUCGACCACAUGCAGAGCGAACUGGACAACCUGGAAUGUGGCGACAUCCUAGACUAGAUGAAUGUCAGCCACAGGAGCUUCUUCAAAACAGCACCAGCCCCAGCCAGGAGAAGGAAGUGCACACGCCUCACCGAGCACCUCUAGAGAGUUGCUGGGCAUCUCUCAACCGCGAUCCCCAACACCAUUCUUCCCCCACCCCUGGAAAAACUUCCAAAAGUAGAGAAAAUAAAGGACUCAUUUCACA